AUGUUUAGAAAUAGAUAUAGCAAUAAUAACUUCAAACUGAAAUUAGUUUACAGUUUUUAUAAAAUUAGUGUUCAAACACAUAUUCGUAAUUUGUUCAAAGAGUAUACUAUACCUGAAACUAAUCAAGGUGAAUAUCAAUGUUUGAUUUGUCCUCAAUCAUUCGGAAGGAACAGAUACAAUUGGUUGAUUCAUCUUCAAAUAUCACAUAAAGAUACAUACGAAAAAGUGUUGAAAGAAUUGCAUUGGGAAAAAAACGAAAUAACUGAAGGUCUUCGAAAAGUUGCAACUGAUGAUAAUAAUGAAGAUAACUUUAUUAACUAUCACAUAAAUUUUAAAUUUGUGGAGGAAACAGAUGAAAAUGAAAUGCAAUAUGCUGAAGAUGAUGUAACUAAGGAAAAAGAAAAAAAUGCAAUAAAAAUGGUCCAAGUAACUCAGGAUUAUGCAAAUGGCAAAAUAAACGUUGACGAAUAUUUAUCAAAAAUACAACAAAUUCUUCAACAGCAAUCGUCAUCAACAUAA